AUGGGCCGCGGACAGCGCGGGCCGCGCUCGGGCCGGACGCGACGGCGCCGGCGCCAACCCCUGCGCGAGUGCGCGCCGCGGGGUCAAGGGGCGCGUGCGGCCGGAAGAGCGGCGCCGCGCGCCGACGCCGAGGGCCGCGGGCUGCAGCGCCCCCCGCGGCGGGAGGUCCGCACCGCGCCGCGGGCCCAGGACUGCGGCUGGCUGCAGCGCCCCCCGCGGCGGGAGGCCCGCACUGCGCCGCGGGCUGCGGGACGCAGCGCCCCCUGCGGCGGGAAGCCCGCAGCGCGGGCAGGUGGCCUCGUGGCUUCCAGCCGGUCCCCGGAGACAGAGUUCUGUGAGCCGCCCCCGGAGGUCAGGAACGCCGUGUUCAGCGUGUCCACUUACAAGAAUGGCACCAUCCUCAGCUGCGAGUGCAGGAGGGGCUUCCGCAGAGUCAGCGGCCGGCCCUUCAUGCGCUGCGUCGGGGACGCCAGCGGUUCUGCGUGGGACAAGGAGUGCCAGUGUGUGAGGGCCUCCCCCGGGAGCACGGGACGUGUGACACGCUCACCCGACGGGUACACGGGGCGGAGACACACAGCGGGGCAUGGCCAGGCACAGCCCCCGGGCCUGGCCGACCUGUCAGGCCACUGCGGAGAGCCCCCGCCCUGGGAACAUGAGGGGCCCCAGAGGACGUACCACUUUGUGGUGGGGCAGGAGCUGCACUACAGGUGUGCCCCGGGCUUCGGGGCCGGCUUGAGGGAGCCCGCCAGGAGCGUCUGUGAAAAGAGCUCUGGGGAGACCCGCUGGACCCCACCACAGCUCGCCUGCGAGGGAGACGGGGGGCGCGGCCCACUCCCAGGAGACAAACAGCCUCCCCCAGACGCCCCGGGGAGCCGCACCGCCUGCCCGCCCCCCUCGGCGGGGGCCCCCCCGGAGACAGCCGAGCCCGAGCCGGCAGGGACGGCAGAGCCCUCGGCACACACCGGAGCCGCUGUGACCGCCGAGUGGCCGUCACCCGUCAGGCAUCUGACAGCAGCCGCCUACUGCGCGCUCCCGCUCCUGCUCGCCGGCGUCCUGCUCCUCGGCGGCCUCGCGUGGCAGCGCAGGUGGAGGAAGAUGAGAGGAACCAUCUAGGCCGGGAGGACCCGGGACGCCAGACUCUUCCAGGAGGCCUUCAGGGUUCUGCCGGAUCCUGUGCUCUGAAGGUCCACCCGCCCCCGCCCCAGAGGCACCGUGGAAGUGUGACCCCGGGGGUUCCGGGCACCCUGUCGGCUUCCUGGGUUCAUUAAAGCUCCUUGGAGAGGAUCCCUCGACAUUCUGAGUCAGCGUCCGCUCCCCACGCCUGCUGGCCCUGCCCCUCGCCCUUUCCCAGUCCACAGCAAGCCCCCUGAGACCCGGGACCCAGUGCCAGAAGCCCGCGCUGCUGGGCACUCGGGGCCCAGGUUGGUCCCAGGGGCCAUGAGGCCACAGCCCGAGCCUCAGGAGGGGAGCCCCUCCACAGACAGGCCGAGCCAGGUGACCCAGAAGGAUGUCCCUCCCUCGCUCCGGGAAAGGCUUGGGUAUUUAAAAGGCUUUACUCGGGCUGACGCCAGAAGCUGUUUGGGGACAGCAUCAGCUCCUUCAGGCCUGGGCUCUCUGGGGCUAUGACAGACGAGGUUCUGGAUCAGGGCUGCUCCAACUAUGUUAUCACAGACACACAACGCACACAUGUCCAAGGAGACAUCCUAAA